GUGUAAAACUGUGCUCCUACACAAUUCUCUGGAUCUCCAAAAUCUGACCAGAUUGGAUGUGCGAUUCCCGUUUCUUUUCAUGUCUCCCUGUCGAGACGAGACGUCGUCGGUGCCAUUAAACGGAAAUAAACCUUUCCCGGCAUAUAUGAGCAGCUAGCCUUCCUCUUCCACCCACGUCCUCCUCCAUAUAUAUAAAAAGUCCCACACCCUCCUCCACUCCACCUCCAAGGCCGUGAUUGCAGUAGAGCAUCUCCUUUUCUUUAUUUGCUAUAUAUAUAUGCAUGUUGUGAUCUUCAAGCAGCUCGGCCGAUCAAGCUCAUCAAACCCAUAGCAUCGCCACCAAAUUAAAGGUCUUCUCUAGAUCAUUACAUACACAUAUAUAUGGGGCCUCAGCAAGACGGGCGGUCGUCCACGGCGAACGGCGGCACGGCGGCGAGGCGCAAGGAGGCCGCCGCGAAGCAGGUGGUGCGGUACCGCGAGUGCCAGCGCAACCACGCGGCGUCCGUCGGCGGGCACGCCGUGGACGGGUGCCGCGAGUUCAUGGCGUCCAGCGCGGACGGCACGGCGGUGGCGCUCACGUGCGCCGCCUGCGGGUGCCACCGCAGCUUCCACAGGCGCGAGGUGGCGACGGCGACGGAGACGGCCGCCGACUGCCGCGACCGCGCCUCCACCACCUCCGGGUGAACUCGACGUGAUGGGCAUUGGAAUGGUUGUUACAGUAGUUGUUCUUGGAUGAUUUUUGAGUGGAUUUUAUUGCGUGUACUAUAUGCUCGAUGCAAUUAACAGCAUGCGUGUGGAUCGUCGUUCGUAUAUACGUACGGUGCUUGUAACUGAUGAUUGUGGACCGUGGACGUGUAUAUAAAUAAAGUGAGUGGUUCUUCCA